AGUUGGCGCAAGCAGCAUCAAGGCUGGAAGCGUAAGUAGCGAAUAGAACCCUAACAAUUUUGGAGGCCAAAGUUUUAGGCCGAACCUCUUCCUUUCUAGUUUCUACAGCAUACAACGCAAGCAAUCUAGCAAUGGUCCUCCAAUGACCACGUUCACCGCUUCUCCGAAUUCCUCAACUCCCCAAUCCAUUCUCAACAUCUCGAUAAUAAUAUCGCCCAUCAUUUAUUCCCUCCUUCAUGAACCCAAUUCAUCACCACCAUAACCAAAAUCGCCAUGUUAAAACCCCUUCUCAAAUCUCCAUUAUUCCUCUUGAAGAAAAAGAACCCACUUCAUUUCCUCGUCUUCUCUUCAGUACCCACCAGCUACCCUUUUCCUAAAACAACUCCUUUCCCCAAUUUGGUCUUUAAAGUCCUUGACUUGAUCUCCACUGAUCCUCACUGGCCCAAAAACCCAGAACUCAAUCGUUUAGCUUCUACUCUUAGACCUCACCAUGUGUCUAAAAUCAUCAAUACCCAUAUCAAUACUGACACCGCCCUUCAGUUUUUUUAUUGGAUUUCUAAGAGACAUUUUUACAAACAUGAUAUGGGUUGUUUUGUUUCUAUGCUUAAUAGGCUUGUCAAAGAUAAAAUCUUGGCUCCUGCUGAUCAUGUUAGGAUUUUGAUGAUUAAAGCUUGUAGAAAUGAGGAUGAGCUCAAACGGGUAACUGAUUUUUUGCAUGGAAUUAGUAGUAGUGAUAGUGGUCUUUUUGGGUUUACUUUGUACAGUUUUAAUACUCUUUUGCUUCAGUUGGGAAAGUUUGAUAUGGUUACUUCAGCUCAAAAUGUUUACGCUCAAAUUUUUAGUAGUGGUGUUAAGCCUAGUUUAUUGACAUUUAAUACCAUGAUUAAUAUUUUGUGUAAGAAGGGAAAGGUUCAAGAGGCUGUUCUGGUUUUUAAUAAGAUUUUUCAGUUUGAUUUGUGCCCUGAUGCUUUCACAUAUACUUCAUUGAUUCUUGGGCAUUGUAGGAACCGUAAAUUGGAUAAGGCUUUUGAGGUUUUUGAUAGAAUGGUUAAGGAUGGUUGUAAUCCUAAUUCAGUCACAUAUUCAACUUUGAUCAAUGGAUUAUGCAAUGAAGGAAGGAUUGGUGAAGCAAUGGACAUGCUUGAAGAAAUGACUGAAAAAGGGAUUGAACCAACUGUAUACACAUAUACAGUGCCAAUUAGUUCUUUGUGUGAUAUUGGGCGUGUAGAUGAUGCCAUUAAUCUUGUGAGAAGUAUGGGGAAGAAAGGUUGUAGCCCUAGUGUGCAAACAUAUACAGCAAUUAUUAGUGGGUUGUUUCGUGCAGGGAAAAUGGAAUUGGCAAUAGGGAUGUAUCACAAAAUGCUGAAGGAAGGUUUGGUUCCAAACACGGUUACAUAUAAUGCAUUGAUAAAUGAAUUGUGUACUGAAGGCAGAUUUGGCAUAGCGUUGAAGAUCUUUGAUUGGAUGGAGGGACAUGGUACCUUGGCAAAUGCACAAACAUACAAUCAGAUUAUAAAGGGGUUGUUUGGAAUGGAUGAUAUUGAGAAGGCUAUGGUUGUUUUCAAUAAAAUGCUCAAGGAUGGCCCAUCUCCAACUGUGGUAACAUAUAAUACACUCAUUGUCGAAAACCUCAAAAGAGGAUAUCUAAACAAUGCUACGAGAUUUUUGUAUAUGAUGAAGGAAAGUAAUUGUGAACCUGAUGAGAGGACUUACUGUGAACUCAUUUCAGGCUUUUGCAAGGGAGGUAAGUUGGAUUCAGCAACUAGUUUUUUUUAUGAGAUGCUUAAGUGUGGCAUAAGCCCAAACCAGUGGACUUAUACAGCCAUGAUAGAUGGUUACUGUAAGGAGGGGAAGAUAGAUGUUGCAUUGUCAUUAUUUGAGAGGAUGGAAGAAAAUGGCUGCUCUGCCAGUAUUGAAACUUAUAAUGCCAUUAUAAGUGGUUUAUCCAAAGGUAAUAGAUUUUCUGAGGCUGAGAAAUUUUGUGCUAAGAUGACAGAGCAAGGAUUGCAACCAAAUACCAUCACUUAUACAUCUUUGAUCAACGGGCUUUGUAAGAACACUGCAACCAACCUGGCGUUCAAGAUUUUUCAUGAAAUGGAAAAGAAAAAUUGUCUGCCAAAUGCACACACAUAUACUUCGCUCAUUUAUGGCUUAUGCCAAGAAGGAAAGGUUGAUGCGGCUGAGAGGUUACUGCAGGAAAUGGAGAGAAGACAUUUGGUUCCUGACGAAGUUACAUUUACUUCACUUAUUGAUGGUUUUGUUAUGCUUGGUGGGAUAGAUCAUGCAUUCAUACUUCUUCGGCGGAUGGUUGAUAUGGGCUGCAGACCAAACUACCGGACAUACAAUGUAUUGUUGAAAGGACUGCAGAAAGAAUGCCAAUUUCUCACAGAAAGGGUCGUGGUCCAAAAUGAAGUGUACGGUUGCAGCUCAGAUGAGAGAAUUACUAUGUUUGAAAUGAUUCAUAAUCUCUUAUCCAGGUUGACAGAGAAUGGAUGUGAACCUACAAUAGAUACAUACAGCACCCUAGUCAGUGGCUUGUGUAGAGAAGGAAGGUCUAAUGAGGCAAGUCAGUUGGUAGAGAAUAUGAAAGAGAAAGGCUUGUCUCCUAGUAUGGAAAUCUACUGCUCACUUUUAGUCGCUCACUGUAAGAGUUUAAAAGUGGACUGUGCUUUGGAAAUAUUCAAUUUGAUGGCAGUUAAAGGUUUUCAGCCUCAUCUGUUUAUCUAUAAAGUACUCAUUUGUGCACUUUGCGGAGUAAGUCGGGCAGAAGAAGCUCUGAAUAUAUUUCAGAGCUUACUCAAGAAACAGUGGAAUAGUGAUCUAAUUGUUUGGACUGUCUUGGUUGAUGGGUUAUUGCAGGAAGGGGAUUCAGAUCUAUGCAUGAAGUUUCUCUAUCUUAUGGAAUCCAGAAACUGUACUCCCAGUUUGCAUACUUAUAUAAUCUUGGCUAGAGAACUAUCUAAAGUCGGCAAAUCAAUAGGAACUGAUCAAAUCGGUAACAGGUUGAGGGAAGUGAGCCUCCCUUCAUAAUUGUCAAGGGAAUACAAUAGGAAAGUGAAAAAUUAUCCCAAUAAGGAUGUGGCUGCAUUUUUUAAAUGUACAUUAGUAUCAUCCUGACUAGAUGACAAAUUCUUUUAGCUCCUGUAAAUAAUUUUUGAGCCCUCACUAACUUGAAGCUCCAUUUUUCAAUUAAGGCCAGAAACUAUACACCAUCUUGUGAUGAACUGGAAUUACAAAGAAUGACAAGAUGAAUAAGUGUAUGCUGUGUCAUUAGAAGAUGCUGAUCAUAUCCAGCAGGAUAUGCUGCAUGUGGAUGUAGCUAUGGCAUGGAUCUUCAACUUCUAAGUGUCAAUAUGAUCGAGAUACUAAGAUAUAAUGAAAAGAGUUCAUCCGAUAUUCGAUUCCUUGAACAAAGUGAACCCCAGAAGACCAAAAGCUUAAACUCUUAACAGCAAGAAGCAGCUGAAUUCGUUAAGUUGUAUGAGUGGCUGUGGGAGUGAAUCGAGAUGUUUUACAGCGAAAGUUAGCAUACAUUUUAGCAACAAGAGAGAAAAUUCUAUGUUUGAUGACCAUAUGAUGAUAUGGUUGCUUAUUAUAGCAUAAAGGGCCCCCAGGCGCAUGUGCAACAACACAUAUGGACGAAUUGCAGGUAGAAUUUCUGAGACUGCUUAUAGAGGACCACCACUGUGGCAGCAGUGAUUCACAGUACCAACUGUAAGAAAAGAAAAAAAUGACACUUGUUUCAUGAAAUUCAGAAGAAGAGAAUCACUUAUCAGGAACCCAAUUGAAUGAUGAUGCAGUAAUAAUCAUACCCCCAACCCAAAGCGUCUGAAAAUGCGGGAGUACUUCAAUGAUUUUGUGUCAAACAUAACAAUCCAAACUUGUUUUGUCUUGUAAUGGACUUGUCUGUAUGCACAUAUCAAAUCGCUAAUAUCCCUUUCCUUUUUCCCAUAUGAUUAAACUUAAAAUACUGCAAGGACUUAACGAUAAGAACAGGUGAAGAAAAGUAAGAUGUUGAAUAAGAUCUUCUCCCAAAGGGUGGAGUUGAUGGGUCAUACUGGCUGGACUCAUUUGGAACGUGGGCAGUAAGUAGGCUUCAAAAUACCACACAAAAUGGGAAAAGGGUCCAAAUAUUUGUAGGUUUCCAUUUCUCUUUAUUCCAUAACAAAGAAGGGUCUAAUCCAAAAACGUCACUCUCCCAAUAAAAAUUCUCUUCUGAUUGGUUGUCGUUUUGCACUCACCCCCGUUGCUAGACUCCAUUCAAAGGCAAAAGGAAUAGAGGUGAGAGAGUUGAAAACCAGAAAAAAGUAAUAAUGUAACUCCAAAAUGCCACAACCAUCUUCUCCCCAAGUUUUUAAAGACAACCCGACACCGCAUUACCUAACCUUUUUAUUCCCUUCCAAACAUCCCUCCAAAUGCUAUUCUCCAACCUCUUUUGGCUUCACUUUCUUACACUCUUCCUCUCUUUAAAAAGUCCCUUUGCCUUCACAUCCACCAACCCAACCCUCUAUAGACUAGCCUUGGCACUUUUCGUCUUGGAUUUUGCUACUCAUUACCCGAUUCUUGUUGAUAUUACAUCACAUAUAUUAUAUCAACUAAAUAGAAAGUUUUUAUAUAUGUAGUUUUUAACAUUAAAAAUUGCUAGCACACACUUUUCUCCUAUAUAUAUGUAUAUAUAUAGAUACCCAACACAAAGCCUCAAUAAAACCAACUAUAGCCAAACAAUAUUCCCAAAUUAAAAAGAAACGGAAAAUAAGGGUCCAUUCCCUCUCCAAAUGGGUAGGCAAAAUGGUGAUGCCACUGUGGCUAGUUCCUCUAUAGCACUUCUUCAAGAAAGGUUUAGGGAAUUGCAGAGGAUAAGGGAGAAGAGACGAGAGAAAGAACUUCUCAAGCUGUUCUCCUCAGAAUCUGAAAAAAGGAAAAGUAACAGCAGCAGCUGUAGUAGCAGUAGCAGUAGUAGCGGUGCUUCUGCAGGCAUGCAUUUUGAGCCCAACAAGUUGACCUUCCAGCCUGAAAUGAUCCUUCCAAAUAGGGCACCUGCUCUUCAGGAUUCUUUUCUCUCCCUCAGGCUUAACUCCCAAAGCAACAAUCAUGCAGAUAUCAGAGCCCUGGACACCCCCACAAGCUUAUGGCCCAACACUUCUACUGGAAGUUCAUCACCAAGGACUAAUUUUGAACAUUCUGAUGUUGAUACCUCUCUUCAUCUCUAGAGGCCAAUAUAUAUAACUAUAUAUAUAUAUAUAUAUAUAUUUGUUUUCUCUGUAAUUUUGGUUAUAUAUAUAUUAUAUAUAUCCUCUUAUGUAUGUACGUUAUUACUUAUUACUUAAUUUGUCACCUCCUUUUUUUGGCUGUAUAAAAUUUGGAAGAGUAAUGUUACUAUAUAUAUUUAUAUAUUUAUAUUUGUUCUUCUACUCCUGAACAAUUUCUUAUGGUCCUUUUUUAUAAAUUGACCUAUAUCAGUCAUCAAUUUAACUCAAGUUCUUUGAAUCACUUCACAAGAAUAAUUUAGAAUGCGUCAAGCAAUGAUUCUUUUGCAGAUAUGGUAAAAAGAACUAGUUCAAAAAUUGUAUUGCAGCUAGAUAUUUAAGAUUCGAAGUCAAUAUCUUACAUAAACUAGAAAAGACCCUAAUAUUCUCAUUUCUACUUUCUUGGAUAGUAUCCGUUCCUUAUAUAUGAAUAUAAGUAUUCUCAUUGUUUAUAUUUGACUGUGUGUCCAGAGACUUAUUCAGAAAUACUGUAACAAAAAAGAAAAAGAAGGGUCUGCUGUUCUACAUUUGACCAAAUAGGAUGGUCCAGUUUUAAGAAACUCGUGGCUCAGAGAAGUCAUUUCUUGAUAUGGGGAAAAAGGGGAAGUGAAGGAAAUUUGGUAAUCAGGAAGCACAAAGAUUGAUAUGAUAUGUUGCGUAGUUUUUGUAGCUAUUAAGAAUUUGAAUGACAGGUUUGGUUUUGCAAUUGGAAGGUAGCUUGGUGUUGUUGCAUGUAUAGUGCGGUGGGUGCUGCUGAUGGUUUCUGCCUUGUUGUCUCUUGCUUGCUUUCCUCUUCUCUUGGGUUGCUUUGCUUGUUUGGGCUUCAUCUUUUUAUUUUCUUUUUUUGGGUUAAGAUAUUUAAGUUUCUUGUACUUAAGCACAGAGUUCCCUUUCGAAAGAAAUUUUAGCGGAAAUUUAGAUUUUUAUUGUUCUUAUCUCAACAACUUAAUGUGUAUUUUGUUGCAUGCUGAUAUACACAUCUUUUCAUUGAAUAAUUAUAUAUUUUGGGGCCAAGUGAUGUGAAGUAUUAAAUGCAGAAUUGAAGGGCUUUUUCUUUAGCACAAGAUAAAGGAAUAUUAUGAAGGUCUACAAGUGUCAAAAGCUGAUCUAGCAGCCUUAGGAGCUUCAACAUUCCUUAAUCUAGAAACAAACUGAAAAUCACAUUUAAAAGAGGAGGCAGUAAAUCUGGAAGCAUCUUCAAAGAUAAAAGCUGCUUCGGCUGGGGAGGGCAGGCGCCUUUAGCCACUUGGAUACCUUCAAAAACUACCUUGAUGCAUCCUUGAAUAGAAGCCCAUCUAACAGCCUCCCUCAAAGCAAGACUUUCAAGAAUAAAAGGAGAACUGAGAGGGCCAGAUCGAGCACUCCAUGAAUGAAUGAUCACAGAGCUUUUACACAAUAACUAUCUACCACUGUUACUACGCGCAUCAGAAGAAGCAUCAAAAUUUACCUUGAUGUCAUAAUUCAGAGCAUUGACCUCUUCAACGGCAGGAGGAGCAACUCUAUUCUAAGAAGAGGACUGGCACAAGCAGUGAUAACCUCAUUUUGAUCCUCAAUGGCUUUCCUGACAGAUUGAGACUCGCUCCAGACCUUGUCAAAAAUAAGGUCAUUCUUAGAUUUCUAGAUUCUCCAAAAAAGGAAAACUGCUAGCUGUAGACUAGAGCCAGAUGGGUCCAAAGAAUUCAGAUCCUGAACCAUCUUGGAGCAGAUGGAUAGGAAGUCCAAACCUGAAAGAUGAGAGUUCUUGAGACCAAGGGGAGAAAUCCUCCAUACUGCUUGAGAGAGACAACAACCGAAGAAGAGAUGCUUAAGUGUUUCAGGAGUAUCGCAUCUCAAACAAGCAUCAUUUUUACGAAGUCUAGACUUCAUAAUGGAGCCCACAGGAAGGAUGCUGGUGGAAAUCCUCAUAGAAAAAUUUUGAGCUUAUUUGGGAUCUUUAGUUUCCAAAGAAAGUUCCAUCAAUGGUUCUGGACAGGAACCAUCAAAUUAUUAGCACUUUGCUUCAGUUGUUGCCAGAUUACAUAACUUGUUAAAACAGUGUAAGAAUCUGAAUUAUAAUGAGUCCAGAUCCUUUUAUCAGCAGAAUUAGUUUGUGAAAGAGGGAUUUUCAAAAAGGGUAAUUACUAUUUACCUUCUGUAUUUAUGAAUAUUAUAUUAGUUAUCUUUUUAUUUUAUAAUUUUAUACUAAAAACUCUUUAUAUCAAAAUUUUCGCUUAAACAUGAUGGAUUUGGGUCUUCUAUUUGAAGGAAUCCAAACAUGUCUUAAGUGGUCUAUUAUUAGGCCACUUGGCCCUAAUAUAUAAACAAACACUAACUGACUUUAGGCAUGAGAUUGUAUUGAGAAAUACAAGAGAGAAAGAAGAGAGAGUUGUCUAAAUAUCAUAUUUCUUUCAAGCUCGAGCUGCUGCCCUCCAUUGGAAUUUCUCACUAUUCAACCGUUGGAUCGUCCUCAAAUUUGGAUAUGUUGUUCAUGAGUUCAAGUUAAAUAUUCUGAACGGUGGAUCUUGCAUUUAGAUCUUUCUAGAAAGGUAUUUCGUGUUAAAACCGAAACUGAUGCAGUGUGUAUUUUACUUGAGUUUAUGUGUUGAUAUUUCCUCUCUUAUGCUUGUAUUUGUGCCAAGAUUAGUGUUGAUAUCUUGAUGGAUAAUCUUGUAUGCCUCUAAGCUUUGUUAGAGAGAACAUUUGUACCCAUUUGAUAAUAGUGGAUGUGAUUUAAGCGGCUUACAAGUCCCGUGGCUUUUA